CCUCUCAAAUCUUGUUGCAAAUUUCAGUUCACACUCUAAACUCCAUUUUUAUACACACUAGCACAAUAUGUGAGUAGUUUAUUUAUUUUUGUUUGCCAAUCUUGUUUGGACAUAUUUUCUCUGGAAAUCUUGAUAUUCUCAAAAAUAGUUCCAUUUAUUACCAACCCUAUAAAUAAAUCCCUGUGUGGAUUGAUUGUUCACAAAUCACAAUCCCUGUCAGCUUAAAUCAGUUUAGUUUGCCUGCAAGUUCAGAUUUUUAUUCUUGAAUUCUUUUACCAGUGUGCUUUUUGACAUGUUAUAUACUCCCCUAUCCUUGUUUGAACACCUUCCUGUCUGAAUUCCAUUUGAAGGGCAAUUUGUUCAAGUUUUUCUUGUUUUGUGAACUAUAUUCUUGAACUCUGAAUAGCCCUCAUUUUCAGUAGUUGUGUCAUCAAUGGGCAGAAUCAGCCCACUAGUUCUCCUAGUGAUAGUGAUUCUUGCAAUUGGCUUCUUCCUACUUGGAUUGCUACAGCUUGUGAUUAGGUUUGUGAUGAAGUGGCCAUCAUUUUCCUCAAUCUCACACUCCAGCAGGCUCCCUGAUGCUGCUUCCCACACAUUCCAGAGGCAGCUGCAGCACCUUUUCCGUCUGCACGACUCCGGCCUCGAUCAGUCACUCAUCGAUGCUCUGCCACUUUUCUACUACAAGGACAUCAUAGGAUUGAAGGAGCCAUUUGAUUGUGCUGUCUGCCUCUCUGAAUUGUCCUUUCUUGACAAGCUCAAGGUCCUGCCUAGCUGCAGCCAUGCCUUUCACAUCCACUGCAUCGAAACAUGGUUGCUGUCGAACUCCACGUGCCCUCUGUGUCGAAGCCUAAUCGGAAUUGGGAAUUAUACGGAGAACCCCUUGUUCAGUACUUGUGAUUUGGAUCACCAAUGGAGCAGCUUGUCUUUCCCUAGUGGCGCGUCUCUGCCAGAGACGAGCAAUGCUGGGCCGGGCAGGACGCUCUCCAUUCGUCUUGGGAAGUUCAGGAGCACUAAUGAAGGAGUAGAGAGUGAAAUGAAGAUGCAAAAUGAGGUCACUAGCAGCAGCAUUGAUGCUAGGAGAUGUUAUUCUAUGGGUGCUUUUCAAUACGUUGUUGGCGAGGCCAACCUUCAAGUGGCCUUGCCUCGUGGCAGUGGCGUUGCAACGAGGGCUAAAGUGCGACUUGGGGGUGAUAAUGUGGAAGCGGAUGGGAAAAAGAUUGGUGUUAGGAGUAGAGGGGAUAGCUUCUCUGUAUCCAAGAUUUGGCUAUGGUCCAAGAAAAGCAAGUUCACUACUACAUCACAAGCAAAUGAAAAUAUAGUAGCAAGUGAUUUAGUAUGAAAAAGGGGUUGUUUUAUUAUAGUGUUAGAUGAGGAAAUAGUAUAGUUUUCUAUACACACACACUACAUUAGUUUUUCACCUUAGCAGCAAUGAUGAUUAAUUUUGUUUUACUAUAACUAGUUUUGUUAGUAUACUGCACACAGAUGGAGGUGAACAAGUAUGUGGCCAUUUUUCA